ACGCAUAACAUUUCCAGUAAAAGACUGCCCUCUUGUUUGAAGACAUGGACGAAAGAACGAGGUCGCAAACUUCACAUUUUUAAAAACUUUGUAUAUAUGUAUGGCCAAACUGGGAACGAGAAACCGCGAUAACAGAGGAUGUUUAAUCGCAAUGUGAAGUGUGUUUGAUGACGUGAGAAGCAGUGCCCCCUAGAGCUCGUGAUGACACAGCACAACACAACACACCCGAGGAAACACCACCUCAGCAUCGGUUUAUUGCUGGUUUUAUGCUGCCAAUCAUAUGCAGUUGGGAAAGAACAGUGCUCUGAAAAGGAAUACUGGAAUGACCAAGGAUUCUGCUGUGAUAAAUGCCAUGCAGGGUUUAAGCUUAAAGAGAAAUGCUCUGGACUGGGGCAAAGGUCUGUCUGUGAGAAAUGUGAUAAUGGGACUUACUUAGAAAAUGCAAACUAUUUCGAAAACUGCUUCAGAUGCACAGGCUGCAAAAAACGCAAUAUGGUGACAGUUUCAAACUGUACGAUCACAAGUAACAGCAAGUGUAAAUGUAAGGAUGGAUACUACAUGAAGACGUUAUUCACUUCGACAUCAGAAUGUCAUCCCUGUAAGAAAUGUGGAUCUGGGCAAUGGAAAAUUGGAAAUUGUACUGGGGAAGAUUAUAACCAUUGUAAAUGCAAAGACAAACAUUAUAGUGUGAAACCCAACUCCUGUGAACCAUGUGUUAGCUGUCAGGAGGGCUGUGGACACUUGUGUUCUACAACAGCUCCAGACACAAUCCCUCAAAUACUGGUUCCACUUUGCUCAUGCAUCAUGGCUCUAUCAGUGGGAGUGUUUAUGGUAUACGAGGGCAUACGACUCUGGAGGAAAAGGAAGCGAGCUUCGACGGCCCAGUCGUCGCCACAUGAUCCUGUGUUGACGACAGAAGUUGAGCCAAUGGUUGUGACAGAUUCACCAGAUUCAGUUCUAAUCACAAACCAGCCGUGUGAAACAGAACGAGCCAGUGAGCUUCCAGACUGUGUCCCAAGAGAGAUCAAAGUUGCUGAGUUCAUCUACUUUGUGUUGGACGAGAUACCUGUUGCACGAUUUAAAGAGCUCCUGAGGAGACUUGGUAUCUCGGAUCAGGACAUCGACUGGGCAGAACGAGAUAACCGGGCGUUCAAAGACGCACAGUAUCAAAUGCUGAAGGUUUGGAGUGACAGAGGCAGAGGCAGUGGAGGAGGAAACAACAUUUUGCCUUAUAACCUCAUCCAGUUGUUUAUAGAUACUCUGAGAAACAUGUUUUUAGCCAGCUGCGCAGACAUCAUCGAGAACAGGUUUCUUUCAAAGGACAGAAACAUUUCACACUGAGGGCAUUGGAAGAGAAUGGAGAUAAAGGCAUUAAUAGAGAACUUCAGCUCUACUUUCAGAGUGAAAGUGUAAGUGUACACGACAGCAUUUCCAGUCGUCUAAGAAAUUUCACACUAACUUUUUUUUAGGCAUUUUAGAUGAGUUUGUAAAAAUCUAUUUUUUGGUUAUUUCCUACUCUAGGUGAUGAGUGCUGUAAUAGAUUAUAUCUAAAUGAGGUAGUUGGGCUUGGUUUAUUUGUAUCUGCAAAUUUGUUGCUCAUGUAAUGUACAUGCUUAAAAUUCUGUUGUAGUUUCAGUAGAAUUGGGUGAAAGUUUUCUAUACAAACACAUAUUUUUGCACAAAGAAUAAGAUUUUGUACAUAUUAAAACACAUUCCUUUUUUAAGUGAAAUAUUCAUGCAAUAAUGUAACGGUCAGGCUAUCUGUACCGAUAAACAGCCUGUAGUCACACUCAUAUAUCGCUGUAUGUAUUUUGUCAUUCCACAGUCCUUCACGUGGAGUGUUUUACAGUAUGGUGCUUCAGCUAAAAUGAUCAAAAAGAGCAUUAAUGUUCAAAUAUAUAUGUGUAUGAUAGAUCUUGCAGCUUAUCAGAAGAGGUGAGCUUUUUGUUUGUGCAGAGAACACAUUUCAUAAAAAACCUACAUACAUUUUUAUCUACAAAAUUUUGUUGGGUUUUAUAGUCAUUUCCAUUUGGAGCCACGAGGCAUACUGUGACUUUUUAUAUAAAAGUAUUUUGGGUAUUUUUGUAUGCAAAUGAAAUAAAAGAUUUCAGUCAGCA